GAGACAGCUGAAUACGCGUUUCCACUUUCGUGCGAGGUGAACUACUGUGAUGUUUUAGCUUUUAACGAUAGCCAGCGAUUUAAAAAAGAAAAGGAAUUAUAAUCUGGAAAAUAUGGAGUUACGAGAUUUACCGAUUCCGCCACAACUGGCAUCGCUUCUGGAUAAAUCCAACGGUUUUCAAGCCAUACACACGCCACAACGAAAUGUAGAAGGUGCUAAAACACGCACAAUACCAGAUGAUGAAUGCCCAGAACUUCCUGCAAAUAUUGACAGAUUUCCAUUUUCUCAGUAUGUUGGAAAACAAUUCAGGGUGCCUUCACAGUGGGGGGCACUGUCGACUCCACUCAGAAGCUCACUCCUCAAAACUGUGGAUGACAAAGAUGUAAAACAAGCUGCAAUGUUGAACAGGCUGAUUUUGAGAUAUAUGAUUGAUAGCAAUUUGAAUGGAGCUCAUGGAAAACUAUAUUGUGACUACAUUGUUACUCUGGUACUUGCGAACUACCGCUUUCGUGAUGAAGUUCUUUCUCAGAUAGCAUCACUAACCUGGAAUAAUUACAAUGAUUUUCACAAGAAACGACUUUGGGCUUUACUUUCUCAUUGUGUGUCAUGCAUCAUUCCAUCUCCCUCUCUGCAUUCUUAUUUACUCAAGUAUGCUUCUGAUCAUGGAGUUGAUGACUACUGUGGCCAUAUACAGAAAAAAUUAUUGAGAAUACCUGCUAGUCGCACAUUACUUGAGAGCAGACUUUUUCCUCCGUGUGUUAUGGAAUGGAUGGCAAAUCAUGAAUGUCGCAAUAUGGCUCUUGAAAUACAUCUACCAGAUGAUAAGUCAGUUCUGAUUGAAAUCAAUUCAUGGACAACUGCUGAGGAUGUCGCUAACAGAGCAGUAGAAUCUAGCAUUGGAUUCAAUGUGCAAGGAUGGAGUUUGGUUUUGGAACAGCAAGAUGGUGCAAUGAUAGAAGUAUCGGGACAUGAAUAUAUUUUGGAUCUUUUCUCACAUUUGGAAAUGUUUCCUGAACUUGAGUCUCCCCCACAUGAGUUUCUUUUUUAUCGGAGCAGAUCAGGGAGCAAUCCAGCAUUUGAUCCUAGUGAAUUUUUACAUUUUGAAAAACCUAGAAAAUCGUCGUCACCAAGAAGUGAACAUGCUGGAAAUGAACAGAGAAUGGAACCACCCGAAGGGCGGAUGAAUCCUCAUGUCAAUCCAUCGCAUUCUUCAAACUUUUCAUAUGGACCUCCAAAUCUGAGACUGCCUCGUGGACCUCAGCAUGAUGGUCUAUCAACAAGGGAUGUCAACGACCUCGACAGAAGAAUGAAAGGAGGCGGAAAAAUGAUGAACUCCAUGGGGAUGGGUGGAUAUAAUAUGAUGCCGCAGCAACAGAUGAUGCCGCAGCAACAAAUGAUGCCGCAGCAACAAAUGAUGCCAAUGAUGCAACCACAAAUGAUGCAGCAGCCUCAGAUGAUGAUGCAGCCUCCUAUGAUGCAACAACCCCAGAUGAUGAUGCAGCCUCCAAUGAUGCCAAUGCAAGGCAUGCCAAUGCAACAAUCAAUGAUGCCGUCAUCAAUUGGCAUGAUGUCAUCAUCAGCAAUGGAUCCAAUGUCACAGCAACAAAACAUGAUGCAGCAACAAUUCAUGUUAAUGAUGAAACAGCAAGAGAAACAACAAAAAGAGCUACAAAAGUUGUUGAAUAAACAAGAUAAAAGAUCAUCAAGACGAGAUUCCAGUUCUGAAGAUGAAAGAGUCGGCAACAGGUGGAAACAGGAGAGUCAAAGGUCAGGAAGGAGCAAAAAGUCAUCUCACAGACGUGACAAAUCUUCAAGUGAUGAAGUUUCUCCAAGAAGACAUGAUAGUAAAGGAAAGGCAGCUGCUGCAGGAUAUCUAUACAAAAAAAGUGAAAGUGGAAGCGGAAAAGAGAGUUCAAAAUACAGGGAACCAACAAAGCCGAAGCCAAAACCACAAGAACUUGAUGAAAGUGAUGAAGAUAUAUAUAACAUUAAGCAAGGAUCGGUAAGAAUGUCAUUCUCCGAAAAGAAGAAGUUCUUUGCUGCAAAAGCAAUGGCAGAGUCGCAAUCAUCUUACAGGCCACCACAAAAACCGAAGAAAAUAAUUCUACCAAAAGCUGAGGAAGAAUCUCCGGAGAAGUUUCCAGAACCUGAGAGUCCAAAACCAGAAACUCGUUCAUCCUGGAAGAAGCCACCGGCAAGUAUUCCCAAAAAGGAAGAAGAGAAAGAGGAUCCACAUAAAGCAGCUUUAAGACUUAUAGAAGCUGCAAAGAAGAAGAAUCAACAUUCAAACAAACCACCAGAACCAACGGUAGAAGAGUUGGCUCUUCUUAGUCGUCAAAGACGUGAAGCAGCAAGACAUCAGCAGACAAAUACAGAGAAGCCUCAGCGCUCAACUUCUCCAGAGCGAGAACCCGAACCACAACCUCGCCCUAUCAAGAAGUUACAACCUGAAAGAAUCGCAGUGAUAGAGCAAAAACCUAUUCCAAAAUCUAAAUCUCCAUCUCCACCUUCAUCACCUGAUUCAAGCCCAGAGAGAAAUGAGAGAAAACCUACAGCACUUGCUGCUGCAUUGGAAGCAAAGAAACGUCAGCAAGAACAAGAAAGAAUGAAUGCAGUAUUGAUGGAAGACGCUCAUGAAUAUGCUGAACCACCACCACCAAAAGUUCCUCCUCGCUCUAUCAGCCCAGAAAGUAUUCCACAGUCUCCCCCAGGGCUCAUGACUGAUGCCACCACAAAGACUGUUCCCCACGAAGUGCAAAAUCGAGUACCAUGCAAAUACGUUAAUGUUCCCUGGAAACUCAGAGCUAGAAAAGAAAUUUUUCAGGUUGGGGAAACCAUCAAAGACAUGACAAUGGCAGCAUUGUUGUUCAAACAGAUUACAAAAGAUGCUAAUGGAACUAACCCACGAAUACUACCUGCUGAUCGUGAGGAUAUCAGAGAAAAACUCAAAAAAUCUGGCAACAAAGAAAUAGAAGCCAAUAUUCGAAGAUCCAUUCUGGAAAAUGUCAAAGAGAACUGGACUCUGUAUUUCACCCAGAUAUUCAGAAUCAAGGUUCAAGAACUUUCAUCUGAGCUACCAAAAAACAUUUACCAAGCAAAUUCGCUUGCAGUUGGACAGACUGGAGUUCAUUUCUUGCAAAUAACUGGACCACCAACUUGGAAAAGAGUGACUUAUAAUUUCAUCGCAAUAUCACAUGUUGAAGUACAUCAAGGAUCUGUUAUAGAAUUGAGCAUUCAAGGCCAUAAUGUGUCAUUUUACUGCAGGAAAUCCAACCAACUCCAUAAAGUCCUUCGUUCCUAUCUAACAAUGAAUACACCGUCAAGUCCCGUCUCUCCUGGCCCGAUGAUGAACGACAGUGAAGAGCCUUUCACUGAACCAGUCUUCUCGCAUCAAGAAGAUCAAGAAAGUCUGUAUGAAGUUCUUCCACCACCAAGAGAGAGUAAUUUAUAUUCUCUGCUUAUGUUUGCAACGAAAUAUUUCGAACGAAACAAAAAAGCAGAAGCAGAAAAAUUACUGCAAUAUUCAAAGACCAGUUUAACUCGACCAUUGUUGAAGUUUAAAGAUGACGAACUGGCUAAGACGGCAUUGGGUUGUUUUAGAAACAUCCAACACUUCAUGGGAGAUAUUACGACAAAAGCAACAAGUGAUCUAGCAUGCUUGUAUUCCAUUCUUAUGGCAUGCCGCAAGCACAAGAAAGAUAUCUUGAAUGACGAAGUUUGUAUUUAUCUGGCAAAGCAGACAACCCAAAACAGAAAAAGGUAAAAUGAAUAUUAUUGUAUCAUACAUCCUAUUUUUAUACUGUUUGUAUAUUUAUUAUUUCAGCUCCAGCUGCAAACGGGGUUGGCAAUUAUUUUCACUUUUUCUGGCGUAUUUUCCGUGCUCAAAAAUUUUACUUCCACAUAUGCUGGCUCACCUGUAUGCAAUUUCCGAGAGUCAAAGUGAUGAAUAUGCAAAUGCAGCAAAGGUGUGUUUGGUCAAUCUACAACAUACUGUAGAUUUUGGAGGUAGAGUGGAUAGACCAAGUGAAAUUGAAAUUCAGGCAUUGAAG